GUUUUGGGACUGAUCACGCAUGCGUUGAACUAAUUGGGCUGCGUACACGGAAAGAAAGCACCACAAAGAAAUCACUAAUAUUGUAACAACAUCCAUUGAAAUAAUUCUGCCUUAUUAUCGAUGUUUCCAAGUUGGUGAAGCGUUUUAUUCACACGAUUUUAUUAGAAAAGCGAAUAACUUUUUUUGUUUGCCAAGAAUUGAGAGUGAAUAUGGUGUUUAGACCUUAGGCCCAGCGUGAGAUGGUUCGAUAUUUUGUUACAUCACAGUCAAAUGAGUUAUAACCCUGUCUUCCUGUGCCGAAACAAUCGUACAAGGAAAAGUUCGUUUAGAUGAAAGCGUCGUCAGUGUAAUAAAAAUUGGGGAAAAUGAGCAAUUUUGAUGGGGAUAUCAAUGAUGAUGAUGCAGAUAAAGUGAGGGCUCAUAUUGUCAGCAGAUAUGACAAGGGUGUAGACGGUCACGUUGAACCAUGGGAAGAUGCAAGCUUUAUUGUUUAUCAAGUAUGUGACAGAUAUGGCUUUCUGCACAAAAAUCCCUUACCACAUAUUGAGAGAGAUGAGAGGAUGCUUGAAUUGGAGAGAGACAGGGCGUCUAAAUGGAUCAAGAUGUUUGAAAAUUGGGAUCGAUAUGGAAAUAGUGAAAAGCUUAAACGAAGAAUUUACAAAGGCAUCCCAGAUAGUGUUCGAGGUAUGGCAUGGAAAAAGCUUUUGGGAGUGGAUGUAGCAAUGAUUGAAAGAACUGGAGUCUAUGAGAAAUUUAAAAUGUUGGCAAGAGAAAAAAGCCCAGAUAUUCGACAAAUUGACCUAGAUGUUAACAGAACAUACAGAGACCACAUUAUGUUCAGAGAGAGAUUUUCAGUCAAGCAACAAGCUUUGUUUCACAUUCUUGCUGCAUAUUCCAUGUAUAAUGUGGAAGUUGGUUACUGCCAAGGAAUGAGUGGCAUUGCUGCUUUAUUAUUGAUGUAUAUGAAUGAAGAGGAUGCUUUCUGGGCAUUGUCUGCACUUCUUACAGAUAAGAUCCACCAUAUGCAUGGAUUUUUUGUACCUGGAUUCCCAAAGCUGAUCAGAUUUCAAAGUCACCAUGAUAAAAUCUUAAAUAAAACAAUGCCAAAGUUACAAAAGCAUUUGGAAAAAGAGGGUUGUUUUACAUCUCUGUAUACCUUGAAGUGGUUCAUGCAAUGUUUUCUAGAUAGGUUACCUUUCUCUUUGGUACUUCGACUCUAUGAUAUUUUCAUGAUCGAGGGAGAUCGUAUUUUGUAUGGAAUGGCCUUUGGUAUUAUGAAACUCCACAAAAAACAAUUUAUGAAAAUGGGACUAGAGGAGCUUGCUCCAUAUUUACAGGAGACACUUGCAAAUGAUUUGGUCUACGGUGAUGAUGAGAUGAUCGAUCUAUUACAAGAUGCAAUGAACGAUUUGAAAAAGUCAAAGCUAGAUCCACCACCCCCUGCUAGCAAAGAAGAGUAUCCAAAGAUAAUCCCUGGUAGUUUCAUUGACAGGGGGUCUUCACUGACUGCAUCAAAACGCCACAAAAGGCAAUCUCAUGAUAAACAAACCAUUGAAGUUCCAAUUGGACGCCCGGAAUCUCCACCGCCAGUUCACCGUAAUAAGAACACUACCAGCCACCCACAAGCAAAAAGUGAUUUACAACAUAAUCAACCCUCAGAUGCUAAACAUCUUGAACAGUCACCUAUAACAAUGGAUGCAAGGAAACCAAAAUUAAGUUCUGAUGGGGCAGGUUAUUCCUUAUCACCAACUGCUACUCAACACGAAGAGGCAAAAAGGCUCUCUGACUAUGAUAAUUUAGUUGAAAAUCAUACAAUACAAAAUGAAGGGAGACCUGAACACAGUAACAAAUAUGCUGGAAAAAGUAGGACACAAUCUGUAAACACAAUAACUAACAAACCAAAUGAAAAACCUAAGAAGAGCAAAUCAGGGGGGACUACAUUUUAUGUCGACAAGGAAAUUGGUUCACAGCCUGUGGAAGCAGUUCCUCCAGUUGAAACUGUAACAACAGUUUACACUGAGAUUCCACCACAAGAGACUCGCCGUUAUAGAAGGCCAGAUAAGCUUGAGUUGGCAUAUCGAAGGGCACAGAACAACUCAUCUGUUUGGUUACGCAACCCUAAUUCUUUAAAUGAUGAUAAUAGUCAUGGAAAUUCCCAUGACAAUGCCAAUGAAACUGUAAAUAACGAUCACCAUGCUGAUUUGCCAUAUGACACAAAUCAUCAACAUGUGAGCAGUCCUCGUGCAGAGGAUCUUCACCAUCAUAAUCAACAUCGAGGGAAUCCACCACCCUACCAUUCAAGGCAGUCACCAAAACUCCAAUAUGGCAUUGAAGAGAGUUUGCAUGAAAAUGCAUUUGGACACAAUACACAUCAUGCACAUGAUCCAUACCAAGACCCAAGAAGAAAACUGCCACCACCCUAUCCAGGAGAUCAGCAUGAUUGGGCUGAUGAUGCAGCUCCUCCUAUGGAAUAUUUUAAUAAUGAUUUUGUCAUUGAUGUGGAUGAAGUUUCAAAUGAAGGCCAAGAGCGAAAAGAAUAUAGCAUUGAAACAUUACUUUAAACUAAUGAAAAUUAACAAUGAAAGAAUACUUUAUAACUUAUACUUAAAAAUAGUUUCAGCGUUUCCUAAGAUUAUUUAAAAUUUUUAAAGGAUUUGAUAUUAUGUCUUGGUAUUUUGACACUUUUUCUGUGUUAAUAAAUCUGAAAGCUAAAUGGUAUCAUUAACUUUUAUCAAUUUUAUGAGUUAAAAUUUCAAGAAAAUGGAUGUGAGCAUUUAACUGGCAAGGCUUAAAUUGUUGUGGAGGGUAUCAGAAUUUAAAGUUUACAUAUCUAACCUUUAAUGCUAUUUAGCAAAGCAUUAAACUAAGGAGGAUUCAAUAUCUUGUCUACUUUGCAGCUAAAAAAACUGGUCUGUUGUCAGAUAUCAGAUAUUUAUAAUAUUAAAACCAUUAAUGUCAUUCACAUUAACACUCAGGUUGUAAAGGCCCUUUAAAUAAUCUCUUUCUCACCAAGAAAAUAUUGUUUGAUUGCUAUGUCCUUGUGUGCAUAAAAUAAUGUAUUAUUUUUAAUGUGUUUGGAAGGUGGAUUCAAUGUUGGCUGGAAUUAAAAUUUAAGAGCAUUUUUGAUGAUCAAGUCUCUUGAAAAUUAGGAAAUCUCUAAUAACCUUAGUUUUUCCCUCUUAGAGAUUGGAGGAGAAGUCUUAUCAAAAUUUAACAUGUAUUACAUGUAAACAAAAUUGAUGUGCUUUUUAGAUGGUACAACUUGAGGGCUGUGUGUUAGACCACAAGGCCUUGCAGGUUUGUCAUAGAAAUCUAAAGACAGAAAUGGCAAGUAAGAGACUACCUUUAGCUACUAAAUUGUUGUCUCUGAAAACUCAAUGAAAACUCACUGAAAUGGCAUGUUUGCAGAUAAUAUUCUUUAAAGCUUGCCAAGAUAUAUUUUGAUAUAUAAUAUAUUUUGCAAAUAUCAAAAUAAUUUCUUAUCAGAAAAUUGACGGUGGAAAAGCAAUUUGUAACUUAACACACCUCUUAGAACUUUAAUUAGCUGGAGAUUGCAGUGAGAGAGUGAAAAUAUUUUACUCAAGUGGAAGCCACUCUAAGGAGUAUGACACUUAGGAAGGUUAUAAAGGCAAGCAGAAUUUUAUUUUUCAAUCAUAUGGUUUGCAAAGAAAAGCUUAUGAUCACAUUAUUGAUAUUGUUUAAUUGGGUUUCUUUUUUCAAAUUUGGAAUCAGUGGCUAGACCAGUCUUUGUCAGACUGUAAAGUAUUUUUCUGCAUGGGGUUUGCCAGAACAAUUGUUUUGAAAUUUGAGGAAAGGAACAUUUCCUGCAAUAUUGUGUGCGGAAUUUGAAGCAAAGGCUUUCGAAGAGACCUUGUAUUUUUUACGUUUUUUCUUGUUAUCAGAAGUCGGAAGAUUGUUAUCUUUAAGUUUUAAUACAUGGUUAGAUCAAUAAUUAUUUGGUGUCAAAUAAUUAUGUCUGCAGAGAGACGACUAAAAUAAGGUGUCAAAUAUCAAGUUGUAAGAACAGACUGUCAAAUAGUAGUUAAGUUUACAACUAUAUAUGGUAAUUUCACUCUUAUGUUGGUGCUAAGUUCAGGAAGAAAAUUCAUUUUGGAAACUUAAAAAUUAUUUAUAACAAAAUUAUAAGAAGUAAUAAUUUAAAACAAAGCAAGCAAUUAGUCUGCUUACUAACCAUCCAAUAUUCCAAUAAAUAUCGUUUUAUACUGUGUAUUAUAUAAACAACAAAUUGAAACCAAACUUUUUUGCAAGAUACUACUUCAGCAUCUGGAUACGUCUCUAACAUCAAACCAUUUGCUUGUUAACUAACAAUACGUCAAUUUGUAUGGACACAUUCAUGAGUUGGGUGAUUAAUUCUGCUUCUAGAACCCCUACUUCUUAGAAAACAGCAUCCCUAAUAGAGCCCCGCCGAGUGCUAGGACUCCUCCCACCACUGCUAGGCCCAUUAGCCCGUCCAAUGUUGUUUUUUCAUUUAUUAAAUCAUCUAGUUCUUUUGCAAUAGA